AUGCUUAGUGUUUAUGGGAGGGACCGCAGCGGAGCUGUGGGCAUUCAUUGUGCGAGUGAUAGAGGUAAUGAUAGGGUUGUUGUUGUUGAUGAUAGUGGUGGUGAUGGUGACGGAGAGUUAGUGGUCUUGCUGUGUGGAAUAGGUUCUGUACUAGUUGAUGAUCUUGCUGUGCAGAUGAAUUCUGUAUUAAUGAUCUUAUUAGUUAGUGAUCUUACUGUACGGAUGGGUUCUGUACUAUAUAAUGAUCUUACUGUACGAAUGGAUUCUGUAUUAUUAGUGAUUUACUGUACAAAUAGAUUUGGUCGCAUCGGUCGACUUGUCUUGAGAGCAGCAGUUGAGAAGGACACCGUUGAAGUAGUGGCUGUCAAUGAUCCCUUCAUCAAUAUCGAUUACAUGGUGUACAUGUUUAAAUACGAUUCUACACAUGGACGCUUCAAGGGUCAUGUUUCUGCUGAGGGAGGAAAGCUUGUUGUAACGAACGGCAAAACGACUCACCAUAUUUCCGUACACAACAGCAAAGAUCCUGCGGAAAUUCCAUGGGGAGUAGAUGGUGCAGAUUAUGUUGUCGAAUCAACCGGUGUUUUUACAACAAUGGAAAAAGCAAGUGCCCAUCUGAAGGGUGGUGCCAAGAAGGUCAUCAUUUCGGCUCCAUCUGCUGAUGCUCCGAUGUUUGUGAUGGGUGUCAAUAACGACAAAUAUGACAAGGCUAACAAUCACAUCAUCUCUAAUGCGUCGUGCACCACAAAUUGUCUGGCGCCAUUGGCUAAGGUCAUCCAUGACAAAUUCGGAAUCAUUGAAGGCUUGAUGACCACUGUACAUGCAACAACAGCUACUCAGAAGACUGUCGAUGGACCGUCCGGGAAACUGUGGCGAGAUGGUCGCGGUGCUGGCCAGAACAUUAUUCCAGCAAGCACUGGUGCAGCUAAGGCUGUAGGGAAAGUCAUUCCGGAUUUGAAUGGGAAGCUUACUGGUAUGGCAUUCCGUGUGCCAACUCCGGAUGUGUCAGUUGUUGAUCUCACUUGUCGACUUCAGAAAGGUGCAACUAUGGAUGAAAUUAAGGCAGCUGUAAAGGAGGCAGCUAAUGGGCCAAUGAAGGGAAUUCUCGGCUACACUGAGGAUGAGGUCGUCUCCACGGAUUUUACGGGUGACGCACAUUCGUCGAUUUUCGAUGCUAAAGCUUGCAUUUCUCUUAAUGCAAAUUUCGUAAAGCUGAUUUCGUGGUACGAUAAUGAAUAUGGCUACAGUAGCCGCGUCGUUGACCUCAUCUCGUAUAUUGCUAGCAAAUAA